AGAUCAAAACAUAAACACAGAAAUCAAGUUUAGAGAAAGAGUGAAAUGGAGAAAAUAGAAACAAGAAAGGAUGUGGCACAAGUACUGCACAUGAAUGGAGGCACCGGAGAAACAAGCUAUGCCAAAAACUCCUUACUUCAGCAAAAGGCUAUUUCAUUAACAAAGGCAUUGAGAGAGGAAGCCAUAACCAGCCUCUACCUUAAGAAAGUCCCGAGAAUUUUAUCCAUUGCAGACUUGGGUUGCUCCUCUGGACCAAACACUUUCAUGGUGAUAUCUGAAAUUAUCAAAACGGUGGAGAAUCUUUGCCGAGAAAUGAAGCAUAAGGAGUCUCCUGAAUACCAUUUCUUCAUGAAUGAUCUUCCUGAGAAUGAUUUCAACAGCAUCUUUAAGUCCCUUGGCAGUUUCAAAGAGAAGCUAAGUGAUGAAAUAGAAGCUGAGACUGGCCCAUGCUUUUUCACUGGUGUUCCAGGCUCCUUUUAUGGCAGGGUCUUUCCGACAAAAACUUUGCAUUUUGUCCAUUCCUCUUACAGCCUUCAUUGGCUAUCCCGGGUUCCUCAAGGCGUAGAGAAUAACAAGGGCAAUAUUUACAUGGCUCGUUCGAGUCCCUCAAACGUCCUCAAGGCUUACUAUGAGGAAUUUCAAAAAGAUUUCUCAUCAUUUCUCAAGUCUCGUGCAAAAGAGCUAGUUGAAGGAGGUAAAAUGGUUUUAACACUUUUAGGAAGAACAAGUGAAGUGCAAUAUAGCGAAGAUGGUUGCGAUAUUUGGGAUCUUUUGGCUUUGGCUCUUAGUGACAUGGUGUCCGAGGGAAAAAUAAAUGAAGAGAAACUAGACACUUUCAACCUGCCUUUGUACCAGCCAUCUCCAUCUGAAGUGAGACUAGAGGUUCUGAAAGAAGGUUCAUUCACCAUUAAUUGUUUGGAGAUAUCUGAAGUACAUUGGAAUGCUCAUGAUGGCUGGAAUGCCUUCGAUUCAAAAUCUCUCGAUAGUGUUGGCGGAUAUAAUGUUACAAAGUGCAUGAGGGCCGUUAACGAACCAUUACUCAUCACUCACUUUGGAGAAGCUGUCAUUGAUGAGAUUUUUCGUCGAUAUCAUGCAAUCCUAAUUGAUCGAACGUCCAAGAACAACGUCAAAUUCAUUAAUCUUAGCAUAUCAAUGACCAGAAAUGAAUGAGGGACAAGUUGUUUGCAUAAUUGUGGUUCCUAUAAGAAAGAAAAAAUAAACUUCAUCUCUGUUGUUGUCUGUUUACAUUAUGUUUGUAAUAAUUAAUUAGCUUGGAUGUUGGUAGUGGGUUGUCCACUUACUCUUCUUCCGGGCCCAAACGAACCAUCCUGAGGCCCAAGUGGCUUGUGAAUUUCAUUUAGUUUGUAUUGAGUCUGUUUUCACUUCUGUUCUAGAAUUAAUAUUUCCUAUAGGAGGAUGUUGUCACUUGUAUGACAUUCCUUAACUAUAGGAAACAAAUUCAAACAAUAAAUUGUAUUGAGUUGAAAGUAAUGGAUAUGUAGAAAAUUGUCGUAGCCAUCUUUGGUGGGAUAACAUUCUUCCUACCAACUUGAUGUUUUCAUGUCA